UAUGUUUAUAGGGUUGAUUUGCACAUUGAUUUAUGUUGGAUAUGUCUGAAACAUAGAUUCUUAAAGGACAAUGAAGAACAGGUGGUUUCUCAUUUCGGAAUUUGAACAUUCUUAGUGAAAAAUAAAUAAAUAACCAGCGAAUAUCUUGAAAGAUAGAAUAAAAUUUAACUAAAGAGGAAUCAGAUCAUUCUGUUAAAUUCCUGGGGAAAUAUUGUAAAAUCUGACCGUUAUUGUAUUUUUUUUUCUUUUGAAUAAUGCUAGAUAUAGACAUGCAUUUAAAUACAUACAGAUACACACACAAACACUGGCAUGCAUUAUUGUAUCUUGUUUUUUAUUCUUUGCAUUAACUUUGAAUUGUUUGGAAGAUAGGAAAAGUCAAAAGUUUGAGAUCACCAUCUUUUUUAAAUAAAAUCGUUGCUUUAAUGAAAUCAUCUAUGAAGGUGUCUGAAGCAUCUGUCAGCAGAAACCGCAGUACCAUUAUUGUGCCAGCAGGAAGUACCAGGGAUGAAGGGUGGGCAGCCUUCAGGAACAUAUUGGCAGAUAUCAAUGAGGCAUCAAGACUUUUCAUAUUGCCGAAUCAGAAAAGUUCCGAACCUUCGGAAGGCCUUGUUGGGCUUUCAGAUGACGUCGGGGCUGGCUUCAUAUCUGGACACAUCCAGCCUACCUCAAACUCUGAAUUGAAUGUAGAUAGAUCAGUUGAAUUGCCAGCACAAGAUGAAAUCGGUAGCAUGGGGGUUUCAAAGGUGAUCAGAGCAGAUCAGAAGAGGUUUUUCUUUGAUCUUGGGAGCAACAACAGAGGACAUUUCUUGAGGAUAUCCGAAGUUGCAGGUUCUGACCGUUCUUCCAUCAUUCUCCCACUGUCAGGAUUAAAGCAGUUCCACGAAAUAGUGGGUCAUUUUGUGGAGAUAACAAAGGAUCGCAUUGAGGGAAUGGUUGGUGCGAAUGUUCGAACGGUGGAUCCACUUCAAAGGUGAAUGCCUGCCGGUGGGAUUGGAAAAAUAAGUAAUCCUGAUUCUGUCAAGUUUGGUUUAGAGCCUCUGUUAGUUGUUUGAUAAAAGAUGCAAUUGUGCUGUUCUCAUUCAAGGCUUGAAAAUAAUCCAAUUUUGAUCUGUUUGAUUAACAGAGAAAUAUUGGAGAUAAGUUGUGAAGUUUAGUUUUAUAGGAAAUAAUAUGGAGAUAAGGCUUUGGAUAUAUUGUAAUUUGACCCUUUGAAUAAUGCUCACUUAUUUCACGUGUGUUUUAG